CAAACGGGAAGAAAAACUUCAUCAAACCAUGUUCUCUAGCAACUCUGAAGAAAACCAAAUAUGAGAGGGAAAGAGAUAAGAGAAUGGAGGAGAACAAUGCGAGACUGAAGGCUGCUGGGAUUAACAGUAUACUAGUUGAUUUGAGGGGUUUGUCUUCGCCAAACUAUACGAAUGAGAAGAGAAGGAGUACUAGGAAUGGGGUAGAUGAUCCUGACUAUAUGCCACCAAGUAUUGAGGACGCCGAUGACGAUGAGUCCUUGGAUUCUUUUGAACGCAAGCUCCAACAGAUGCCACCGAGUGGACUAACAAGAUCACAAGUUGAGCUCCAACAUGACUCGACUCGUGUCCUUGAGAGGAUGACUCGUUCGACACCACAUCUUGUAGUUGAGUCCCGGCCCUCACCACCUCGCAAUGUAGAAAUACAAAGUGAGGCAGCUGCAGGUAGCAGUGUUGUAGCUUCUAAUAGACGCGGACGUGGCAUAUCACGCGGACUAGAUAUCCAAAGACUUGUUGACAAAUCUGGGAAACUACUUGUUCCCAUCCCACCAGAGUAUGGUGCUCCGGUGGGGAUUUACGCUUCUAAAUUGGCCUCUAAGAUUGGUGUUGAGGUUCGUGCACAGUAGAAGACCCAAGUGUUAAAAGUUGGAAGGCUGUAGAUGAGGGUAUUAAGGCACCUUUGCUUCAAUCCCUAAAGGAUCAGUUUGACUUUGAAGGAGAUCCAAUUGAUGUCAACAAGGCAAUAACAAUAAGGUGUGGGUGGAGAUUGAGUGAUUACACCCACAGGUUGUAUGAGAAA